AGGGAAAGACGAAGAAGAAGAGAAGGGAAAGCAUGGCGUCUGGCAGUGCAAUGAGCAAGGUCUCCUGCGGGAGAGAUUUAGAUUGUGUACCAGAAGUAACCGACACUGUAGCUGCUGUGGCAAAAUAUGGAUUUGACUUCCUAUGUAUGCCUAUCUUCCAUCCUCGGUUCAAAAGGGAAUCGGAACUGGAACCGGUAAAGUCCCGACCAGGGGCUAAAACCCGCUCGGACCUGCUGCUGAGUGCAAGAGAAUGGAAUACACUAACUGUCGGGAAGUUGUCGCCGUGGAUAGAUGUGGACUCGGAAUUGACAACAGUGCGCAACAACUCCGAACAAGCUAUGGUUCAGGAGCUGAAUUACUGUGCCUACCUAAGCCUGCCAGCCUUUAUGAUACCCCUGACGACACCUCACUUCGCCAACAUGGCCCGCGUUCUGCUCAGCCACAUUCAAACAGGACACCAUUUGACUACGUUUUGGAUCCGGGUGCCACUGAUGGAUCCGGAAGACAUGCUGGAUGAUAUCGUCGAGAAUGCGCCCUCAUCCUCGAACAGCGAUGAAGAGAAAACCUGGCACUGGUGGAACUCCUUCAGAACGCUCUGCGACUACAACAAGCGGGUAUGUUUAGCCAUUGAAAUCGUGUCUGAUGUACCGUCUGAUGCUGUCAUUGAAAAAUGGCUUGGAGAGCCGAUCAAAGCUGCCAUUCUGCCCACCAGCAUCUUCCUGACCAACAAAAAAGGCUUUCCGGUACUCUCCAAGGCCCACCAGCGUGUCAUUGUGCGCCUGUUCAAGCUGGACGUGCAGUUCAUAUUCACGGGCACUAGUCAGCACAGUGAGAGAGACUUCCGUGUGUACCUCCAAUACCUGGAGUACCUCAACCAGAGCCGGCCGGCUCCCAACUCCUAUGACAUGUUCUCCAAAGGCUAUGAAGAUUACCUUCAGUCACCACUACAGCCACUGAUGGACAACCUGGAGGCACAGACCUAUGAGGUGUUUGAGAAGGACCCUGUGAAGUAUUCACAGUAUCAGGACGCCGUGUUCAAGUGCCUGCUGGACAGAGUGCCGGAAGAGGAGAAGGACACCAACGUGCAGGUGCUGAUGGUGCUUGGAGCCGGCCGAGGCCCCCUGGUCAACGCCUCCCUGAAGGCAGCCAAGCAGGCCAACAGGAAGCUGCGCGUGUACGCCGUGGAGAAGAACACCAGCGCCGUCAUCACGCUGGAGAACGUGGUGUUUGAGGAGUGGGGCGACCAAGUGACUGUGGUGUCGUGUGACAUGCGGGAGUGGAAGGCCCCGGAGAAAGCCGACAUCAUCGUGAGCGAGCUGCUGGGGUCAUUUGGGGACAACGAGCUGUCCCCCGAGUGCCUGGACGGGGCCCAGCACCUGCUGAAAGAGGGCGGCGUGAGCAUCCCCUGCUCCUACACCUCCUUCCUGGCCCCGCUGUCCUCCUCCAAGCUCUACAAUGAGGUGAGGGCCUGCAGAGAGCGGGACAAGCAUCCCGAGUGCCACUUCGAGACGCCCUACGUGGUCCGGCUCCACAACUUCCAGCAGAUGGCCCCCGCCCUGCCGUGCUUCACGUUUGUGCACCCGACCGACAACACCAACAACAACAGGUACAUCUGCCUGCGGUUCAACGCCGCCAGCAGCACGGUGAUCCACGGCUUCGCCGGCUACUUCGAGGCCACGCUGUACAAGGAUGUGAUGCUGAGCAUCAGGCCCGAGACCCAUUCCACGGGGAUGUUCUCCUGGUUCCCCAUCCUGUUCCCGCUGAAGCAGCCGCUGCCCGUGGAGCGCGGCGAGCAUGUGAGCGUGCGCUUCUGGCGGUGCAACAACGGGAGGAAGGUGUGGUAUGAGUGGGCAGUCACCGAGCCCUUCUGUUCUCCCAUCCACAACCCAGCAGGCCGCUCCUACACCAUCGGCCUGUGAGGAGGAGGAGGAGUGCAAACACACACACACAUGCACACACCACGCUCUGUCUCAUCACAGAAGCACUUAACAAACAUGUUGUUCAGUAGUUUAGUUUUGAAAAGGUGAAUGAAUUUCCCCUUUAAAAUAUGUUUCUGUGCUGGGCCUACUCACACCUACAGAGCACUGGCCAGUGCUGUAAGUGAAUAGCUAACACUGAGAUUUCAUGGUUGUUGUUUUUCUUUUGUUUGUUAUUUUUGUAUUUCAAUGAAGGCCAUAAAGAAAACUGUAAGUUGUUUGUAGGCACAGCGAGACAAGUUGUAAGACCAGUGAGAAGAGGCCUAGGUUUUGUUUUUACUUUUCUUCCCACGUGUGACCAAGUUCGUAGUGUAGAUGGCAGUGACGCACUUGUCCAUAUUUUGAGUCCAGUCAGGACUUGCAGUAGCCUUACGUUUCUGAGGCAGUCACUGUCUGUGUUUUGUGUGUUGUUACUUGUCAUCCGUGUGUUGUUCUGGGGUGUUACGUGUGAAUAGGGAGAUGUCAAAGUCAAACCCAAGCCAGCGGAGUCUCCUGCCUUGCCAAGGCAUGCAUUCCAUACUCUGAUGUCGCGCAGGACUUGUCAAUGCCACCACAAACACAGCAACUCGGACAUUGUGAUUUCCCGUGUCACAGGAGGGCAGUCGACGGGAGGAGAGAAGUAAAAGGAGGGGAAGAGGGAAAAAAACAUGGACUGAUUUAGUCUUUUUGCUCUUUUAUAUUUUUUGUUUGCCACGAAACUACAAUUUCAACUGACAAUGUAUGCGUAAAUAAAGUUAACAUUACAAAGA